AUGGAACCAGAUGAAAUUCGAACAAAUUUCAAUUCUAAUUUUACCUAUGAUAAUUAUCAAGAUUUACUAGAUAGCCUGAAUAAUGAUCUUCCAUCACCUAUUCGUUUUCGUAUUGCUGAAUCACCAGUAUUUCUUACCAAUGAUUUUCGUGAUAGAAUUAUUGCUGCUGGUAAUAACAUUAUUGAUUUUAUAUUACGUCCGGAUUUCAAACGAAUAACUGAAGAUUCUAUCCCUGACAGAUGGCGUUGUGCAAAUGAAAAUGAUCAUCCACAUUUUAUCCUAAUAGAUUUUGGAACACAUAAAGAUACAAAUGGAAAUAUUGUACCUAGAUUAAUUGAAUUACAAGGAUUUCCAUCUAUAUAUGCUUUACAAGCUGAUUUGGGUAUGUCUUAUCAUACAAUAUUUCGAAUUGCUGAUAACUGGAAUAUCUAUUUUAAUGAAUUAGAUAGAACUCGAUAUUUUGAUUUAUUUAAAGAGACUAUUGUCGGACCUCAUCAUCCUGAUGAAGUCGUACUAUUGGAUGUUAAUCCUCAUGAGCAACAUACAGCUGCUGACUUUUAUUUUACGCAAAAAUAUUUCGGUAUAUCGAUUGUCUCAUUAACAGAUUUACGACAAGAAGGUAAACAAUUACUUUAUGAACGUCAAGGAGAACGAAAAUUAAUCAGACGAAUUUAUAAUCGUCUAGUUUUCGAUGAAAUUGCUGAUAAACCAAAUAUUUUCAAUGAAAAUAUUGAUUUAAGACAAGAUCUUGAUGUCGAAUGGAUAACACAUCCUCAUUGGUUCUAUCGUAUAAGCAAAUAUCUUUUACCCCAUUUGGAAGGUGAAUGUAUACCGAAAACAUAUUAUUUAAAUCAAAUUAUUAAUAAUCUUCCCGAUGAUCUAGAAAAUUAUGUAUUAAAACCAUUAUUCUUAUUUGGUGGUCGAGGUGUUAUUAUCGAUAUCACAAAAGACGAUAUUGACAAAAUACAAGAUCCAUAUAAUUGGAUACUUCAAAAAAAAGUUCAUUAUCAACCUAUAUUUCAUUUCGAUGGCCAUGAUAUAAGAGGAGAAAUUCGUUUAAUGUAUCUUUGGCCCGAUGGUCAUAAACGACCUCUAUUGACUACGAAUAUCAUACGUUUAAGCAGCAAUAAUAUGAUUAAUGUUCAAUGCAAUACGAAUUGCCAAUGGACAGGUGUAUCAAUUGCUUUUAUACAAAACCCAAAAUAA